AGCGUCUUUACGUUGCAUAGAAACCGACACUGGAAGAGAUGAUAACAGCACGGGCUAUCCAUCGGCUAGCUAGCAACAUGAGAUUUGUUGUUCUUUCAUUUAUCUAGAUGUUAUAUGAAAAACAAGUUAUGUCAUAGCUAAUAUACACAGAAUAUCCUAUUGGAAAACGUUAGCUAGAUUGAUUCAUCCGAAAAUGAAUUAGCCUACGUUAAGAGUUAGCUAACUGGCAAAGCAAACGGAUUCUGCAACGGUUUAUCGUUAAAUUAGCUAAGCGCCAACUAGCUAGGCUAAUCGCAUCAGCGAAUCUUGGCUGUCCGUAGUUAAAUUACGUUUGCUAAAUGAUAAUACACUCUCGGCAGUGGGCUGUUUUGCCAGAGUCUGGGGAGGACGAGAGAUGGCUAGAGGAACAAGUGACAUCUCUGAACUGGAUCAGGAGAAAUACGACACAGAUGAGCAAGUUAAGAUCAUUUGUCUCGGAGAUAGCGCGGUUGGAAAAUCGAAGUUAAUGGAAAGAUUCCUCAUGGAUGGAUAUCGUCCGGAGCAGCUAUCCACAUACGCACUAACGCUCUACAAGUACACGACUACAAUCGACGGGAAAGCCGUAUUAGUAGACUUUUGGGACACGGCUGGCCAGGAGAGGUUUCAGAGCAUGCAUCCCUCCUACUACUACAAGGCCCAUGCCUGUAUCAUGGUUUUUGAUGUCCAGAGGAAAAUCACCUAUAAAAAUCUCACAAACUGGUAUAAAGAGCUGAGAGAAUACAGGCCAGAGAUCCCGUGCAUAGUUGUUGCAAACAAAAUAGAUGCUGAUAUGAAGGUGACUCAGAGAAACUUUAAUUUUGCAAAGAAGCAGGGUCUACCUUUGUACUACGUGUCUGCUGCUGAUGGAACCAAUGUGGUCAAGCUUUUCAAAGAUGCAAUAAAGCUGGCGAUGUCUUACAAGAAAAACUCCAACAAUUUCAUGGAUGAAGUGAUGCGCGAACUUGAGAACUUUGAACUUGAACAAAAGGAGGAAUCUUCAGACAAAGAAGACGGUGUCCCCAAAGAGGAGAAGCCCUCCCUGCCGUGAAAAGCCCCCUGGGGUAUUCCGUCCGCUGAGCCCUGACAUUUCCAGUGGAGGAAAGGAAAUCCACAUCUGUCCAUAUUAUGUGUCCUACAUGAAGGACCAUUGAGGUGCAAACCCUGGUGCGUAGCACAUUUCCGUUGUCCGUGUGCUUCAGAGUGAGUAGGAUAUGCUAGGGCUCAACAGACCAGCAUCGCUAACUGUGAACGUGAAAACUCUCCCCUCCUGCAGCUCGUUUCAAACAUGCACUGUACAUGCGUUCUGUGUUUAAGUCAAGUGCCGUUUGAUUGUACUAAAUUCAGUGGGCUUGCUGGAAACUGUGGAAGAUGUAGUGGAAUUGCCUGUUUGUGUCAUCAAAUACUCAUCCAUGUUCUGUGGGAAAAGUCGUACAUUACAGACCAUCUUCCAGGACUGGAUGUCUGUGGUUGUCUAGGGAACUACGCUGCAUUUGAUGGAAAUUAAAAAGCAAAACAAACAACGUAAUAAUAAUGUGUGUACUUAUGUAGUGUUGCAACAUAGAUUGCGAUAUGUGUGUGCAAUAUUUAAAUCUCUGUGAAAUAUUGUGGUUAGGUUUUUAUCAAGGCUGCUUUUGUUCAAAUUCAGAUAAUAAUAAUCAUAUAUACAGUGCUAUUAUUAUUUGCAUAAAAUAAUCCUAUGGCUGGGAUUUAUAAAUGAAUAGGCUCAUUCAACAUUGAAGGUUAUUUCACACCGAAUCAUCAGGUAUACCCCCCCUAUGAACCAAAACAAAUUCAGUGCAUUUUAAAAAUUCUGUUAUUUAUUGUGUUGGUAUGUAAACUAGCACAAGGGUUCUUAACCCUGACCACAGCAUUCCACCUGGGCCUCUAGUUUUUGUCAAUCGACACUUAAAAUCGAGAAAUUAAAACAAGCAAUUACACCAGGGUCACCUCACUUGGUGGAUCGUGCAUCAAUUGCUAAGGUUAAAAUAAAAACGCAAUCUCUCUUGGUCGUGUUUGGGACCCAUGCACUAGUACAUUGUUUUAUGCACAUGUAUACUUCUAUUUGUUGUUCACUCUGGACAAGAGUGUACUGAAUGAAUGUAAUGAAAUUCAAAGUGCAGGUUGUUGAUUGUAGUUAUAAGAUUAGAAGAAAGCUGGAACCGUCAUGGACUUGUUACCCUAGGUUAUUUUAAUGUCCUUUGAAGCAAAAAUAAAGUGCAUACCCGUGG